ACAUUUACUGUGUAGCAAAAGAGAAAGUAACUAUGUUGCGUCUGGAGAUCAAUGAAGCAAUGUGCAUGGGGGCUUAAUGCAUAAAUCGAUAGCUAAAAGAAAGCGCCAGAUGGUGGAGGGAAAUAUUCGUGUACGAAGUAAGCGGAGGACUUUAGUUCUGCUGUGGUGAUUCCUUAAAUUCAUCCUGCAAAGAGUAUUUCUUUCAAGAGAGCUUGAGUUCCUUUUGACUUGCCAUUCUCAGCCUCCUCAUGCCUCCAUCUCCACUAGACGACAGGGUAGUAGUGGCACUCUCCAGGCCUGUCAGACCUCAGGAUCUCAACCUUUGCUUAGACGCCAGCUACCUUGAAUCUGCCUCUUCCACCAGCGAGAGCCACGUGAGUCUCCUCAGCUCAGCUGUUGUGUCCCUCAAGGCUGCAAAUCUGACGUAUAUGCCCUCAUCCAACAGCUCUGCUCGCUCCUUGAGUUGUGGAUGCAGCAGUGCCAGUUGCUGCAGUGUGGCAACAUACGACAAGGACAAUCAGGCCCAAACUCAAGCCAGCACCAGCAGCACCUCAGCCAACGUAGGAACCUCCAGCCCUUGUCCUGCUAACCAAAUGGUCAACAGUAAUGAGAACUCUGGCCCUUUGAGUCCCUCGAGUAGUGUGGGGAGCCCAGUCUCAGGCACAACAAAACAGUUGGCUAGCAUCAAGAUCAUCUAUCCCAAUGACCUGGCAAAGAAGAUGACCAAAUGCAGCAAGAGCCACCAAGGGCCGGUCAUCAUUGACUGCAGGCCUUUCAUGGAGUACAACAAAAGCCACAUCCAAGGGGCAGUUCACAUUAAUUGCUCUGACAAGAUUAGCAGGAGAAGGUUGCAGCAGGGCAAGAUUACUGUCUUGGACCUGAUCUCUUGCCGGGAAGGCAAGGACUCCUUCAAGAGGAUCUUUUCCAAAGAAAUUGUUGUUUAUGAUGAGAAUACCAAUGAACCGAGUAGAGUAAUACCUUCCCAGCCAUUGCACAUAGUGCUGGAGUCUCUCAAACGAGAAGGCAAGGAGCCACUGGUUCUAAAAGGUGGACUCAGCAGUUUUAAACAGAACCAUGAAAACCUCUGUGACAACUCCCUCCAACUCCAAGAGUGCUCUGAAGGAGGAGGAGGAGGAGGUGGUGCCAUGGCAGUGACAUCUACGCUACCUCAGUCAAUCCCCACCACUCCAGACAUCGAAAAUGCUGAGCUCACUCCCAUCUUGCCUUUCCUGUUCCUUGGAAAUGAGCAUGAUGCUCAGGACUUGGAGAAGAUGCAGAGGUUGAACAUAGGCUAUAUAAUCAAUGUAACCACUCACCUGCCCCUCUAUCAUUAUGAGAAAGGUUUGUUCAACUACAAACGACUCCCUGCCACAGACAGCAACAAGCAGAAUCUCAGGCAGUACUUCGAAGAGGCUUUUGAGUUCAUUGAGGAAGCUCACCAGUGUGGGAAAGGUCUUCUUAUUCACUGCCAGGCUGGCGUGUCCCGCUCUGCCACCAUCGUCAUUGCUUACCUAAUGAAGCACACGCGAAUGACCAUGACUGAUGCCUAUAAAUUUGUCAAAGGCAAGCGACCAAUCAUUUCUCCUAAUCUUAAUUUUAUGGGGCAAUUAUUGGAGUUUGAAGAAGAUCUAAACAAUGGAGUCACACCACGAAUUCUUACGCCAAAGCUAAUCGGGGUGGAGACAGUUGUGUGACAACAAGGAAUCGCAUGACAGACUAUUAUAUUCUUCACUUGACACAGAUUGGGAGGCCUGGGUUUUCCUUUUUAGCUUUACUUGGGGAGGGGGGCUAUUCUAUGAUAAACUCUGAACAAACCUUUUUUUGGGGGGAAAAGGUUUUUAAAAAUACAAGAACUUCACAAUGUUGAGCAGAAUGCCAUAGCAAAUUCCUUCUCCAAAAAUGACUGAAGGAGGGAUACUUAGAGAACAGAAACCAGUUUUUAAAAGAAGUCUAUGUGUGAGAGAGACAAACUGGACUGUAGUUUCCUCCCCCCCCCCCCUUCCCUUUUUGGUGAUUUAGUUACUUGUAGAGAUUAUGACUAAGUAGUCUGUGCAGGUUCAUAGACCGAAGACAACUAUGUUUGGAGAAAACAGAAUACAACCAGCCAAAACAAAAGCAAAAAGACAACUAAAUCCAUGGGCCUUGAGUUUGCAAAGGCUUUGCUAAAGAAAACCUAAGCAAAAUGCUUGCCAGUGCAAAGAAGAUCAGAGCAGCUUAAACUAUCUGCAAAAGCACUUCUCACCCUCCUGACUACAGAAUCUUUUUAUUUGUUGUUUCAUCUUCUGGUACUAUUUUUCUAUUUACGGGAGGGUGGGUGUGUAAGGCAGUUUUAACACCAAGGGACUUGACCAUUUUAUGCCAUAUGCCUUUACUGGCUUCUUGUGCAAUAACAGUUAAGGGGAAGAGAGAGAAUAAACCAGUGAUAGCUGGCUGCCCAGUAAUAUUUUUUUCAAGUGCAAAAGUGGGCUGGCUUGAUUUCAAAGAAGGAAUGCAACAAAAGCAAUUAUUUUUCCCCCUUUUCUGAUUCUGGUUAUAGUGCCAUAAACCUUGUUACAUAUGUAUAUCAGAAUGUACAAAGAUCAAAAAUAAGCAAAAUUUAUUUAAAAUAUUUUUUCGCACAAAAUACCGGUGUGUUUCUGUUCAUGUAAAAAAAAAGUUUGAUUAUAAAAAUGAAAACUGUUU